CGCUGCUGUCUCACUUCAGAAGAAGAGUCUCAAUCAGUUAAAUAUUUGUCUUCUACGGUCGGAGGAGGAGGAGGAAGAGGUCAUUUCAGCUUCGGACACACGGAAGGACACGAGACUUGGCUCUAAGGAACCACCCAGUGUGCAUCACUCAGCUACUGACAGUUAUGGCGACCAUUGUGAUGGAGAAAAUUGGGCGAGUGUUCAUCAGCCUGCAGCAGAUCAGGCAGGUUCCCCGGAUGCUGACUGAGGCAGCACCCUCCAUGCCCGGCACCCUAAGAGACAACGAGGUUCCCCACUACUUCAGAGAGCGCUACAUCUGCACCGGCUACCGACCACUCGACCAAAACUGGCGCUACUACUUCCUGUCUAUAUUCCAGCGCCACAAUGAGACAAUCAACGUCUGGACUCACUUGCUGGCGUUUUUAGUUAUUCUGGUUAAAUUAGGGCAACUCACAGAGACUGUGGACUUUGUUCAUGAUCCUCAUUCGUGGCCCCUGUUGAUCCUCAUCUUGUCCUCCCUGAUCUACUCGGCAUUCAGUGUAGUAGCUCACCUACUGGGUAGCAAGUCUGAGCUGUAUCACCAUGUCUUCUUCUUUCUGGACUAUGUUGGGGUAGCACAGUACCAGUACGGGAGUGCAAUAGUUCACUUUUACUAUGCUGUGGAUGAGAGCUUGCACAGAUAUGUGCAUGGAAUCUUCAUGCCGCUUGCCACUGUCCUCAGCUGUCUGUCUUGCCUGGGAUGUUGCUAUGGCAAGUUCUGCAACCACAGUCUACCAACUUGGGUACGUAAGGUGGGCCAGGUGGUGCCUUCAGCACUGGCCUAUAUGUGGGACAGCAGUCCUGUGGCUAAAAGACUCAUGUUCUGGUCUACAACCAGCAACGACCCAGCCCUUAUCUUUCACUUUGGCCAAGUUGCUUUCUUUCUCAGCUGUGCCUUCUUCUUCACCUGCCCUCUGCUGGAGCGUUGCCUACCUGGACGGUGUGAUUUCGUGGGACAGAGUCAUCAGAUUUUUCAUGUUCUACUGUCUUGCUGCACCCUGUGUCAGAUCCAUGCUUCCCACCUUGACUAUGUGGGCCGAAGGGAGCUGUACUCACGUCUGCAUAGGAGCGGUGAGGCUGCUCUCUUUGCGGGACUGUACGCGGUCACUUUAGUUGGAUGUGCGCUUAUUGUUGUCUUCAUGCUGAGGAAAGCUAAAAAAGUGAUUGACUGCAAAGCCAAAUCCAAAUAAUUUAUUAUAUGUGGUAGGAACUAGGGUUGUACCGAAUGUUUGUUUGUUUUUUCUUCUUUUUUUUUUUACAUUCAAAACUUUAUUAAGGUUAUCAGAAGAAACCUUGAAUAUCUGAUGUCAUGUGUUAUGACAAAACAUUUUGAAAAAUCCUUUUAAGUUCAUUGUAGAGCUACAUCGAUUCGCUAAGCCCCGCUUUCAUUACAUGCACAGUUUAAUCGAGCUAUGCUUAAAAAAUGAUUUUGGCAUCUAAUCAGACUUCUGUCCUUCUCCCAGUAUACAUGCAACUGAGAAAAUUUAAUAACUGACGGGAACGUGCGUCGUUUCAGUGGGUUAAUAUGGCCCCCUUUCAGAUCGACUUAAGUUUGACAUUUUGUGUCCCUACUGUCCGGCUAACACGGCCAGCUAACGGGUCCGGCUAACAUGACUGGCUAACGCCACCGGCUAAUGCGACCGGCUUCCUUGGAUGUUUUUGUUCUGGGGGUCAUACGCCAGCGCGGGUGGUGAGGGGAUAGAGCAUGUGCACAUGCAUUGUCUCGUCAUACAUGCCGGCGUAAAUCCAAAAUCCAAAUCCAAUUCCAAUCACAUUAUCUGGGUGUCCUAAUUGGAGUUGGAGAACUCCAACAUCAGUCAGACUAACACGUUGACAUGCACUUUAGUUGUCCAGUUAUAGUCAGAUUAAGGCAAAAAUUUGUUUUUUUUAAGUGUCAUGUAAACGUACUGACUGUGUUUCCGCAAAAGAUGACAACGAUAAGUAUCACACCGAACGCUCAAGCGACCAAAAAGCACUUACGUCCUAAUGGACCGAGACUCAAUCCAUGGCAUUACUCUUGGUAUGUUUCUUGACUUCAUCAAUUGUAUGUCGCUUUUGAUAAAAGCAUCUGCCAAAUGUUCAUGACAUUGUAGAAUUGUCGAAAAGUGCUGUUAUAAUUCUCUGCCGUUAUUUUGCCUUAGGAAAUUUAUAUUGAUUCUGCAAUGGCAUAAUAUUGGCGUCUGAAUUCACAUUGCAAUCUGGCACUGCGUAACAAGGUGGGAAGAGACUAUAGUGCCGUGUAAUGUGAGAGGCAGUAUCCACAGGUAUGUGUGAAAUAUGCGAAAUCGGCGAGCACAUUGAUGGCGGAAGAAAUCAAGUGAGAGGCGUGUUUCUAGAUUUUGCCCCUGAAACGACUGUUACUACCUCCAAAGGCAGUACAGAGCCAGGGUCACUUGGUCCCCCCAUUAUGCCUCUGGGAUGUUCAGAUUGAAAGUGAGACGUCAAAGAGGCAUAAAUAUCGCGGCUUGAAACAGCAGUCUGUAUGUGUCUGAAUUAGUAGUCGACUGAUACGAUUUUUUAAGGCCAAUGCCGAUGCCGAUUGUUUUAUCGGUUUGUCUUAACCGAUCCCUGAUAUAUAUGUGCUGCCGAUUUUUUGGGGCUGAUUCUUGAAGCCGAUAUUGCCUUUUCUCCCCCUCAAUUUACAUGAUAAAAAUGACACAAUGACAACAAAUGUUACACAAGUCUCAAUUUAAACAAAAAAAGAAAUAUUUAUUAACAAAACAAACAAAAAACAUAUUUACAGUUGGAUAGCAAACACUGUGUAUGUUGUUCUAGGCCUCGAGGUGGUGGCGCCUCAGAUGAUCCACGUAUUUUAUGUGUUUUUCUUUUUUCUGGUAUCAGCAGCAGCUCACCAGAGAAUGGCAGAUGUUGCACCGAGCCUUGCCUGCUGUUGGCUCAGUGAAAUGGGCUAACCGUUCAGCGAACGCACGCACGUAUCGGCCAAUGCCGAGUGCCGAAUACAAGUAGAAAGCGAAAAUAUCGGCCCGAUAUAUCGGCCGGACGAUAUAUCGGCCGGACGAUAUAUCGGUCGACCUCUAGCAGCUUCCACUGGAAUCUUAAUCUGAAAAUGGUAUAAUACUAAUAAUAUUAGUGUAUCCUUAUCGUUAUCUGCAGCUGUGCAGAGAUACUGGGUUUUAUAAAAAGCUGGGCAACAUUCGUACAUGGAUUAAGAUUAAUUAGAAUGUCAACAUUAUGUAUGAAGUUAUUUGGUACAGGCCUGGUUGGAACUAUAUUAUGCAAAAUAAUUUUUGUGCCUUACCUUCUAGACUGACUGCUUUAAAAGAAUGGGAACUAAUUACACUGUAUAUGCUGCUGACUUGUAUUAUGUAAAAAGCUGUUGAAACUCAAAACAAUUCUUAACGGAAAGUAACAGUUUAAAAAAGGGAUGCACAAUGGUAUUAGGAAUUAGCAUCUUGGUACUGAUUUCUUUUUUUAAUUAAUUUGUGGAAUAAUUCACAGUGUCAUAAUAUUUAAUGUGUCUGCAAAUACUGGGUCUUUUUCUAAAAAAAAAGAGACCAUAAUCAAAAUCAGAU